AUACAACUCGAUAUGGGGUAGGCAUUCAAAUGUAGAGUUUAUUGAAACCCAAUGAGACACGUUGAAACCUUUAGGAGCUCCAAAACCAGUAGAUAAGGGUACAGGUUUAGGAUUCAAGGUUUAUUGGUAACCAGAACAUCUCAAAACCUUCAUCUACUGCUCCAGUACAACUCAGUAAUAGGGUAGACAUUGAAAUGUACAGUUCUAUUAGACACAUUGAAAUCUUGGUUUAAGGUUCCUGGAUGACCGGCGCCAAAUUGAUCCGCUUAGGAAAAGUCAAAAGCACCAUCUACUGUUCCGAGACCACUCGAACCUCGAAACCUCCAUCAACUGCUCCGGUACGACUCGAUAAGGGGGCCUGCGUUCGAAUUCCACGCUCAGUGAGACGUUAAAAUCUUCAUCUGUUGCCCGAAUGCCAUCAGACAGACACUAAAGGUGAGGUCGUUUGGAGGUUUGCAGCUGAAUUCCGUUCUACAGUUGGGCCACGUGCCCGUUCCACGUGGGUUCCUCGGGGGGGGAUUGCGUGACGGUUUGUUUUCCGAUCGGCUCCUCGCUGUUGUUUAACGCUCUCGGCACGACUCGAGCUUCACGUUCGCCGAGCCGAGCAGCACUUUCCCAUCUGCUGCUCGAGCGACCAUAUUAAUCAUCAAGUAGGCUAAAUAAAAAUAUCCCUCAAUCCACAUCACGAGCUCCGGCGACUCCACUCCGGGAUUUUCUGGGCGCACGAGCUCUGUGUGUGUGUGUGUGUGUGUGUGUGUGUGUGUGUAUUGCUGUCUGUGUCUCGCACUCUCUCACACACUCACACUCACUCACACACACACACACACACACACACACACUCGCAGCAGCUCAGUGUGUACAGCAGAAGUUACUGGGCUGCUGUUGGUCGGUGCGGAUUUUUUUUUUUUGGUUUUGUUUUGCGUGUGUGUGUGUGCGUGUGUGUGUGUUUUCCAAUAGCGCGCUGCCGGCUUACGCACGCUCUGCGCUAUGAAGAGCGCAAGGAGGAAACUCUGAUCACAGAGCGAGCGAGGUGGACGGAGUGGACCUGGGCUUUGAUUUGGAGUGUUUCUUUUUUUUUUUUUCUUUUUUUUUCCCUUUUUUCUUUUUUCCCGGUCAGCAUGGUGAGGCUGCAGGUGUGUGUGUUGGCUCUGUGCGCGGCGCUCUGCCUGUGCUCGGGAGGACGCGGCGCCGAGCGCGACCGGGAACGCGAGCGCAUGGAGGAUGAGGAGGACGCCGAUGAUGGAGCAUCGCGGAGCUGCAGGGAUGUCCAGCAGGCGCUGGUCGAGCGGGGCUUCACCUCCAUCAGGAUCAACCAGCACCAGACUGCAGGUGAGCACCUACGUGUGUGUUCUCAGGAGUACACGUGCUGCGGGGUGGAGAUGGAGGACCUACUCGCGCAUCGCAGUAAAGCCGAUCUCGAACGACUAAUGGAGGAGAGCAGUGUCACCCUGAGGAACGUCUUCACCACCAAACACAGGAAGUUUGACGAGUUCUUCCUGGAGUUGCUGGACAACUCGGAGAAGUCUCUGAACCACAUGUUUGUCCGCACCUACGGCAACCUGUUUAUACAGAACUCGGAGAUCUUCGAGGACCUGUUCUCUGAGCUACGGCGCUACUACACGGGAGGCAAUGUGAACCUGGAGGAGAUGCUGGGUGACUUCUGGGCCAAGCUUCUGGAGAAGAUGUUGCAGCUGUUGAACUCGCAGUUUUCUUUCACAGACGAGUAUUUCGAAUGUGUGAGCAAGUACACGGACCAGCUGAAGCCGUUCGGGGACACACCGCACAAACUAAAGGUCCAGAUCACACGUGCCCUCGCCGCCGCACGCACCUUCGUCCAGGGGCUCAUGGUGGGACGUGAGGUAGCCAAUCGUGUAGCUAAGGUGAACGUGUCCCCCGGCUGCAGUAAGGCUCUGACGCGGAUGUUCUACUGUCCAUACUGCGGCGGCUUUGUGGACCUGAAGCCCUGCAGGAGUUACUGUCAGAACGUCAUGAAGGGCUGCCUCGCUAAUCAAGCCGACCUGGACCCCGAGUGGAACGUCUUCAUCGACUCCAUGCUCCUGGUAGCUGAUAGGUUAAAGGGGCCAUUUAACAUCGAGGCCGUGAUGGAGCCGAUUGACUCCAAGAUCUCCGAGGCCAUCAUGGCCAUGCAGGCAAAAAGCACACAAAUCUCUGCCAAGGUGUUUAACGGCUGUGGUCCUCCCAAACCGGUUCGUUCUGGAUCGGGUCGGAACACACGCGAGGUGUUUAAUGCUCGCUUCAAACCAUACAGCCUAGAAGACUCGCCUCCGACUGAGAGCACUGGCAUCGAUAAACUGAGGAGCGUCUGGAGAACAAUGCAGGACAGCGUGAUUGACAUUAAGGCGAAAUUGAAGCAGGCGAAGAGGUUCUGGACAUCACUUCCUGAUGCAAUCUGUUCUAAAGAGAAUGUGAUCGAACCAAACAGUGACCAGUGCUGGAACAGUCACACUAAAGGAAGGUAUUUCCCUGAGGUUGUCAAAGACGGCCUGACCAAUCAGCUGAGUAAUCCAGAGGUGGCCAUUGACAUCACUCGGCCAGACACCUUCAUCCGGCAGCAGAUCAUGGCUCUGAGAGUGAUGACCAACAAACUGCGCAGCGCUUACAACGGCAAUGACAUCUCCUUCCAGGACUCCAGUGAUGAGGUCAGCGGUUCUGGCAGCGGAAGCGGAUACAACACCGAGUUCGAGUUCACAACCACGGAGGUACCAGCAGUAGGGGUGGGGCGUCAAGACCAGGCCACGCCUCUACGACCGGCACCCGAUAAAGCCCCGCCUCUUAUACCUCCUUCCAACAAGGCCCUGCCCCUUCUCGCCUCACCCAUCACUUUAUUGUCAGUCACGUUGCUGCAAUUCUGGUGGAGAUAAUGGCUGGCACGGGAGUGGACACCUUAUGAUGCAGUUUAGCUCCUCCCACAUUGUUAGUCCCAUCCUCCUGAGGCUUAUGGAUGGAAAGCACGAGGAUAGAUACUCACUGGAGAGGGAG